AUGUCGGUUCCAGAGGAUGAGGAGAGGCUUUUGCCGCUCGCCCAGAGAUGGCCCCGGGCGAGCAAGUUCCUUCUGUCGGGCUGCGCGGCUACCGUGGCCGAGCUAGCAACCUUUCCCCUCGAUCUCACAAAAACUCGACUCCAAAUGCAAGGAGAAGCGGCUCUUGCUCGGUUGGGAGACAGUGCAAGAGAGUCGGCUCCCUAUAGGGGCAUGGUGCGCACAGCCCUAGGGAUUGUUCAAGAAGAAGGCUUCCUAAAGCUUUGGCAAGGAGUGACACCUGCCAUUUACAGACACGUAGUGUACUCUGGAGGGCGCAUGGUCACUUAUGAACAUCUCCGUGAAGUUGUGUUUGGCAAAAGUGAAGAUAAGCAUUAUCCUCUUUGGAAGUCAGUGAUUGGAGGUAUGAUGGCUGGUGUUGUUGGCCAAUUUUUAGCCAACCCAACUGAUCUAGUGAAGGUUCAGAUGCAAAUGGAAGGAAAAAGGAAACUUGAAGGGAAGCCUUUGCGAUUUCGUGGUGUGCAUCAUGCAUUUGCAAAAAUCUUAUCUGAAGGAGGAAUACGUGGGCUUUGGGCAGGCUGGGUACCCAAUAUACAAAGAGCAGCACUGGUGAAUAUGGGAGAUUUAACCACUUAUGAUACAGUGAAACACUAUUUGGUACUGAAUACACCACUUGAGGACAAUAUCACGACUCAUGGUUUAUCAAGUUUAUGUUCUGGCCUGGUAGCUUCUAUUCUGGGAACACCUGCUGAUGUCAUCAAAAGCCGAAUAAUGAAUCAACCACGAGAUAAACAAGGAAGGGGACUUUUGUAUAAAUCAUCAACUGACUGCUUGAUUCAGGCUGUUCAAGGAGAAGGAUUCAUGAGUCUAUAUAAAGGCUUUUUACCAUCUUGGCUGAGAAUGACCCCUUGGUCACUGGUGUUCUGGCUUACUUAUGAAAAAAUCAGAGGGAUGAGUGGAGUCAGUCCAUUUUAA